AUGCCUGAAAAUGACACUACUUCGCAAAUGAAAGAACACUGGGUCUCGCCAUUUGACAGAAAUAAAUUCGAUGUCGAAUGUUUCAACUAUAUAUUGGAGCUGAUUUUCACCGAAGAGAUUGUUGUUCCUGAACGGUCGUGUAAAAAAAACUCUGACCUGUUGAAUAGUCUAUACGAACCGGAAUCACCAAAGUAUUUUGUCGAAGACAUGGCUGAUUCUCUUGUGAUCGAUGCUAAUACUGAUUUCCGCCAGUUAAGGUAUGAUAUCUGGAUCUUGAAGAAAGCUCAUAAAUACUCUGGACAACAUUGGGACGGAAGUUCUAUCUUGAACGAUAUCAAACGCAAGCUGAGAUUCUAUUUUUACAACGAGCUGAAUAAAUUCCCUAAAAUUUGCAAAGCUGAUACUAUUGAAGAUAUAAUCACAAAGGGUAUCGAAUGGGAAAAGGACUAUAAGUAUUUGUUAAACAGAAUUGAAUAUCAAUAUCGAAAUAAUAUUCGUGCUGGAAAGAAAUUCAAUCUGAAGAAAAAGUAA